AUGAGUCAUAGAGUUCAAUUGCUUCUGGGAGCAUAUCAUAUGACAUUUCCUUUAAAAAGCGUUGGUGGAGUUAUUGAGAUGAAAUCUGUUCCAUACGUAUGUUAUGGCAAUUGUUUGUACAUUGAGUCAAAAAUAGCUAAUGUCACAGGCAUUUCAGGAGUUAAUAGUAAAGGUUCAGUAGAGUAUAAAUCUUUCUGUUAUGCAGUCAAUUCAAUGUUCAUUCCAAACGUUCCUGUUUUAGCAACUCAUUUAGGUAAAUGGGUUCGCAUUAGUCCACAUAAUUUGAAAGACAUGCAAUUCAGACUCGUUGACUUUCAAGGCGAGCCUGUAAUACUGAAGGCACCAGUGCGAAUGACUGUUGAAGUAGACUUUUUAGAUAAUAUUAAAUGCAACAGCUUACAAGAGAACUCAGAGCUAAAAAUAUAA